ACACCUCAGUAGUGUGCUGGUUACCGUGGGUGUUGGAGGUGUGCUACUCUCUCCUACACACACUCAACUCCUGGUGCCACAGAUUGAAGAUGGUGAGCCUGCAGAUGGUGGCUGCGGCUGCGGUGGUGACUGUGGUGGUGUGUGGAGGCUGGUGCGGUUGUGAGAACCUACCACAGGAACUGCCACAGAACACCACAACCGGGGAGCCACAGCGGGGCAGUCGCUCCUCUAGCAGGAGAACAGCGACUUCCAUCCCAGCGUUCGUCUUGGCCAACGUCUCCAGCAAGCAACAGCCUGAGACACCUGCAGAGAAUGUGAUCGGAAAGAGUCCUUGCCCGCGGGGUACACGAGGACAGGCCUGCAGGUGGGAACUGGCCCGCAAUGCACUCUCCUGUACCUCAGGGCCGUGUGAGCAGUGCAGCCAAGGGUGCUCCUCAGUGGAGCCGUCCCUUUGGCCUACCUGCUGUCGAGACCACUUCCUAUGCUGCCGACAGCUGGCCUCAGCCUGUCAACAGUGCAACACCCCGCAGCUCAGCCCCUUCUGCACUGCUGCCUUCAAGAAGUGCACCUAAGAUCUCUGCCGUCUUCAAGAAGUGUAUCUGACACCCCUGUAUAUCUGACUCCGUUACAUAUGUGGAGACUUUAAAACGGA